AUGAGACAGGGCAAUGUAAAUAGAAUUUAUGGCAUUGUAAAUGCAACCUUAGGCUGCUUGAAACAAAGUACCAAAACUUUAGGUCUUAUUCAACCCCAUUUUCAUUUUUAUGAAAAAGUUGAACUGAAGCAUUAUUUAAUAUCGAACAAAGAGACUUCAUAUAAAAAUUCAAUAUUUGUCACGAAAUUAUAUAGAACCAUAAACAUGUCAUCGCUCUCUUUACUACGUUCAUUUUCAUCUGAUACACAGUCAACUCCACCAAAACGUCGAAUGAACAAACGAUUUUCAUUUCAUCAGAAACAACAUCAAGGCGUUAUGCAAAAGGAUCCAUCUGAAACAAGUUCAACUGGUCGAGAAAAGAAGAACAAAACAAAUCUAACAAGACGCUGGUCAUCUUUAAAACAAUAUCAAACGACAACAUUAUCACAGCAAUCGCUUGCAACAGGAAACUGUUCAUUAUCAAUGAACACUUCCCAAAUUAAUGCAACAGGAGACACAAAAUCACAAAGUGGAACAGGAGACGUAAAGAAAAAAUGGGAAGUAAUCGAACAUUAUAAAGACGCAUUAGGAGGAAGAGAAACUGUAAGCAGCUCCCUUUUAGCGGCUGGGAUAACGACAUUCAACAUCGAUAUUCGACCAUCAACUGGAAAUCAACGAACAUCAUUUACCAGCAAAAGCUGUACAAGUAUGUUGGAUAACACUAACAGUGAAUUAACAGGUUAUUCAGCACGAAAUUCAAUCAUCGAUAAUAAUCAGAAUGGUGACAAUAACAACAAUUACAACAUCGAUUAUACAAUGGAUGAAGAAAAUGAAACUGGAAGCGAUGAUAAUGAUCGUAAUCAAAAAUUUAGCUACUGCUACGUUAAAAAAGUGUUAAGAAAGAAGUUAGCUUCGACGAAAUUUAAGAACAUCCAAAUUGAAAUGCUCUACCAAAGAUAUCUUUUAAGAAUGAAUCAAAACAACGCAGCUCACAUUGUAUGGUUGUUGUUUGCGCUCAUAUUUGUCUUAGCUAUAAUUCACAUUAAUUUCUUAUUGCAUCGUUGGAAUGAUGAACUUACUUGCAAAAAUGUCACGAGAACUAUUGAGUAUGUUGAUGAAAUUUCAAAAACAAGUGAAAAUGUCAGUGAAAUUGUCUUCGAUUUGGAAAUUAAUUCAACUAAUAUCUUAAACAACGUCUCAAGAAAUGUUCCUAUUGAUGUUGAAACAUGUAUUGAUCCUAUGAACACUUAUGAACUUCUCGGUACAAACUUCAUUCAAUUUUCUUUACUUGGCCUUUGCUCAAUACUCUACACCAUACUCUUGUUAUGCUUGUACAAGCAACGAAUAAAUGAGAUCUAUUUAUUUCACGUAUCUUAUGCAAUUAUCAUAUCGCUUGUAAUCAUUGACAUCAGUUUUUCAAUUACAAAUAUGGGAAAAGAUUAUACUUCAGCUGGGGGUUGCACAAUGAUUUGUAUUUAUAUUACUUACACUAUGCUUCCAAUUCGUCUUCAAGAGGCGAUUGUGGGAGGAAUUCUCAUAUCUAUCUCACAUAUCACUUUAUUGGUGCAUCUUCACAAAAUGAACACUAUGAACAUGAUAUAUUCGGAGAUGGUGUCACUUCUAUGUAUAAACAUAACUGGAAUUCUUCUGCACUCACCAAAAGAGAAGGCUCAACGUAAGGCAUUCUUGGAAACACGCCAGUGUGUUGAAGCUCGUUUAAAGAUUCAAAGAGAAAAUCAACAACAAGAACAGCUGCUGUUAUCUGUUCUACCAAGACAUGUUGCAAUGGAAAUGAAGAAUGAUAUCGCAGGCCAACCAAAAGAAGCUCAAUUUCACAAGAUUUAUAUUCAACGUCAUGAAAACGUCAGCAUCCUUUUUGCUGACAUCUGUGGUUUCACUUCCCUUUCUGAUCAAUGCACAGCUGAAGAAUUAGUUCGACUUUUAAACGAGCUUUUCGCCAGAUUCGAUAGAUUGGCUGCUGAACAUCAUUGCUUACGAAUCAAACUACUUGGUGACUGUUAUUAUUGUGUUUCUGGUCUUCCUGAAGCUCGUCCCGAUCACGCUCUUUGUGCUGUUGAAAUGGGAUUAGACAUGAUUGAUGCGAUUGCUUUGGUUCGUGAAGUAAUGGCAGUUAAUGUUAAUAUGCGUGUUGGAAUUCACACAGGUCGUGUGCAUUGUGGUGUACUUGGAUUAAAGAAAUGGCAAUUUGAUGUUUGGUCAAACGAUGUUACUCUUGCUAAUCAUAUGGAAUCAGGUGGCAUUCCUGGUCGUGUUCACAUAACUAAAGAAACUUUACAAUGUCUCAAUAAUCAUUACGAUAUAGAAGAUGGUCAUGGCAGUGAAAGAAAUUCAUAUCUUAAAGAUCAUCAAAUACAAACUUAUCUGAUUGUCCCCAAGGAAUCUCUUCGAUAUAAAACCUCAAAAAAGAUUACAAGGCAACAUGCUCAGGCGAAUAGUAAUAGUAUAUCCAAAGAGCUCCGUAUGAUGGGUCAUUGGAACAAUAAACAUGGUAACAAUGAUAAACAAGAUAUAAAAUCAGCCGAAGAAGAAGUCAAUGAAUAUUUGGUGAAAGCGAUUGAUGCUCGUAGCAUUGACCGUCUUAGAUCAGUUCAUUGUAGGAAGUUUUUUCUUACUUUUAAAGAUAAAAAGAUUGAGAAAAAAUAUUGUCAAGAGCCAGAUCCAAUGCUAAGAACAUAUUUUUACUGCACAAUUAUAAUAUCAAUAGGAAUAUUGCUCAUACAAUUGUUGUCUUAUCCAAUAACUUUUGUUAUUUGCAGUGAAUCCUACAAUUAUUGGAUCUACACGUUUUUUACCUUUAUAAUCGUAUCCUUUUCCGUCCCUGUGCUUUUGCACUAUGAUCAAAUAAAAUUCAACGUUUUCAAUCAACUUAUUGUAAAUCUUCGCAACCAGCGAAUACUUGCUCAAAAACUUUCUUUAUGUAUUGUUGUGACUGUGAUAUCUUUAGCUUUUCAUAGAAUUAUUCUAGAUUUUUUGAAAUCUUCAAAGACUUACUCUUCAAUCGUUUCAAGUCAUUGUGAUGAUACCCAAAUUGUUGAUGUGAGUAAAAUGAAGAUGAGGAUUCUACUAAUUCUCAGUCUUCUUGCCUUAAUCACAUGUGCUGUCCAUCAGUUUAUUAAAAUUCUUUUUAAAAUUAUUUUAUUACUUACAAUUUUCUUAAUGUUUAUUGGAUGUGUCGGAACAUUAUUAAUGUUGAGCUAUAAAACGUGCCAAAUGUGGUUUCUCAACACUGAAAGAUUUUUUAUCGACCUCAUCUUUGUAGUUUUCUUUCUUAUUGGCCAAAUCAUUCAUAGCCAACAGACAGAAAUAACAAGAAGAUUAGAUUUCAUAUGGAAGUUGCAAGCAACAGAGGAGAAGGAAGACAUGGAAAACCUUCAGGCGUACAAUCGUAAACUUCUUGCUAAUAUCCUUCCAGUUCAUGUUGCCGACCAUUUUCUUCGACGAGAUAAAAACAUGGACGAGAUUUAUCAUGAACAAUGCGAAUAUGUUUGUGUGAUGUUCUCAACGAUAGCCAAUUUUUCAGAAUUUUAUGUUGAACUUGAAGGAAAUAAUGAAGGUGUUGAGUGUCUACGACUUCUUAAUGAGAUUAUUGUUGAUUUUGAUGAGCUCUUGAGUCAAGAGAGAUUCAGUUCAAUUGAAAAGAUCAAAACUACUGGCAGCACUUACAUGGCAGCUUCAGGAUUGACUCGUUAUACUUGCGAUAAAUUAGAAUUCACACAUGUCAACGCUAUGAUUGACUAUGCUGUUGAACUCUUUCAAAAAGUUACAAGCGUCAACGAACAUUCAUUUAAUAAUUUUCGAUUGAGAGUUGGAAUAAAUAUUGGUGGCGUAGUUGCUGGUGUUAUUGGCUCAAGAAAGCCACAAUAUGAUAUAUGGGGUAAUACAGUUAAUGUAGCCAGUCGUAUGGAUUCUACGGGUGUGCUUGAUCAUGUUCAAGUAACAGAAGAAGUUUAUGACAUUGUUAAAAAUAAUCCUACUUAUUCAUUUAAAUGUCGCGGACAAGUGCAGGUAAAAGGAAAGGGAACAAUGACAACAUAUCUUAUGUCCGGACUUCCGCAAUAAAUAAAUUAUUGUAAUAACUUUUAUAAACUUAUAAAAGCAAUUAUUGUUUUAUAAAUCUCAACAAAUAUUUUCUGCCUCAUAUCCUUCUUAGUGUCAAUGGAACCAAAUAAUUGAUGAGCUUUAGUCCCUGUUAUUGCCUUGUCUCAAUUUCCUCAAGUAGUUUAAAAUUUAAACGGAGGGUGAACGUAAUCGUCAUCAGAUUUCGAUUCUUCCCACUACUACAACUUUCGUGAUAUUUGGAUUUGAUUUGAAUCAUUUGAAUCCACAAAUAAAGAACUUAAUGAUUAUCAGUAAAGAAUAUAUGAAUGGUUGUUGACAAUUCAAUCUUAUACGAGUAUGAAAUAAAGUAUAUAUACAUAUAUACAUACAUAAUAUAUAACAUAUAAAUGAUUACGAAUGUAUAUUAAAGUGUAAUUGAAAUAAUUAAAAUAUUUGAAUAAAAACUCUAUUUAGCA